UUAUCAUGAAAAGCAUCAUGGCCGCCAGUAGUGUGCAACCUGAGGGGUUAGAACGCACGUAAAUGCUGUCUCAAGAAUAACUCCCGAUUCAAGACAGGGAAAUCGAUCAGAACGAGUUUGACAGCCAUGUGGAACUCUUCCAGGGGGAAUUCAAUAUGCCAGCUGUACCGGGUGGAGUUUAUCAGCAAGGCCCAACCUGUUGGGACAGAAUGAAAAUGGGUUUUGGAAUAGGUUUUUGCGUGGGAAUGGCAUCGGGGGCCCUUUUUGGAGGCUUCUCAGCGUUGAGGUACGGCUUACGAGGCAGAGAAUUGAUAAAUAACGUGGGAAAGACGAUGAUACAGGGAGGUGGUACAUUCGGUACAUUCAUGGCUAUUGGCACAGGUAUAAGGUGCUAGUAUCAAUUAACUUAUCAUUGACGAAAUAUGUAUCUUGUCUUAGACUGAGGAGCUGUACAAUAUAACUGAAAAAUUCACUGUUGAAAUUCUUAAUAAAAUAAUACAUAAAGUGUA